AUGAAUAUGGAUGAUAUUCUGUCCACUACUCCUAAGAUAUUGAAGGAUUGUUUGGAUGCGUUUGAAAGUCCAAGAUUCAACAACCAUAUCCCUCCUUCUCCAUCAAGUUCAUACGGUUCUUCCUCCGCUAAGUUAGAUCGUUCAUCAUUCAAUAAUCAUCCUGAUAUUCAAUAUUUUCAACAGGUUAAAGCUAAGAAUCAUUAUAGUUAUCAUAAAUCUAAAAUCAAUAAACAGAAUCAAUCGAUAGAUAAUAUUCAUUCGAAAAUGACGGUAUUUGACCCUUAUAAUCCGGAAUUCCUUAUAACGAGAUUAAAGACUUUUAAUGUUAUGAAUUGGAGAGUUCCUGAAUUAACUCAUAGACCAUUUGAAGAAAGAAUCAAUGAGUUAAACUGUGCUAGAAAUGGUUGGAAAUGUGUAUCGUUUUCAUUAACUAAUAAUGUCAAGAAUCAGUUAAUGUGUACUUCAUGUAGUCAACAAGUAAUCUUAAAGUUCAGUGAUAAUAUACCGAUAUCAUCAACAACAGGAUCUGUAUUUUCAUCAUCAGACUAUCAAUAUGAUAUCAUCAAUGAUGAUUUAUUAUUCAGUGCUCAACAAGAUGAGUUGAAUGAAGCUUUACAUGAUAAAUACUGGAUUCAAAUCAAAACAGAAGCUCAUUCUAAAAAUUGUUCAUGGAGAAACUUUGAAACUCCUUUAGAAGGAGUUUAUUAUCCUAGACCAUAUAUAAAUCAUAGUGACGAAUUACUCAUACGAGAUUAUCUUAAAAUCCUUCAUAAUCUAAUCAAUAACUCAAUAACGUUGAAUGAAUAUGCUGAUAAUAUAAGCAUUGCAUCUAAUGAAGAUGAUGAUGUUCAUUUUAAACAAUUUAUAAAAGUAUCGAAUGAAUGGUUAGUAUCACGAUACUUUCAAGAUAAUAAAGAAAACUUAUCCAUACUAUUGGAUUAUACUCCAAGUUGGUAUUACAAAUUAGCCAUGUUAGGAUGGUCAUUAAAUGUUCAAUCAUUUUCUCAUGAUUUGAUUUUAUUAUUAAUCUGUAAUAAAUGUAAUCAAAGAGUAUUUUUAAAUUCCACUAGUCAUAAUCCAAUAUCAAACGUUUCACAAAGUCCAGACUUACAAUUAUCAAAUUCAAAAAUACUUACACCAUGUAAUUAUCCCAUCACUUCAAAUAUAACUCAUGAUGAAACUCAAUUCGAUGAAGUUGAAGAAUCGAUAGAUCCAGAAAAAUUCAACCCAUUCACAGAACAUAAACCUUGGUGUUGUAAUAUCCAUAAUGUAACCACUUCAGAUCCAACCAUGCAUACGAAAACUUUUCAAUAUUUGAUGGAGAUGAUGAUCAACUCAUCCAAUAAUAUUGGUCCUAAUGGUGAUUAUGUGAUAUUUGAUGGUAAUAAAAUGCAUUUAGAUGAUGAUAGUUUAGAUACGACAACUCCAACUAAAAGGAAAACAAAUUUUGAUAUUAAUGAAGGUUUAGAAAGAUUAAAUAAAUUAAGAAAAUUAUAUUUAAUCGAGGAAUAA